GCACUUCCCAUUCCUGCGAGUAUGAGCGCGCACGUCCGGCAUAAAAAUUAAUCUGGCCGUGCUGAACGUGCGCUCUCUUUUAAUGAUGUAAUCGAUCGUUAGUCACUGAAAACAAUUUGACUAAAAUAUUCAGAUUUAUUUAUUAUAUAUUAUUUUUCAAUGCAUAGUUAUUUUACACUUUACGGUAAAGACGUAGCUGUGUGGGAGCUUCCAAUGGGUUCCAAGACAUUUUGGUGCGCGUGUUGUUGAUGAAUGAUCUAUUUGCGACGAAUCAUUGCGCGCGAAACUCAGUUUGGAAAGAAGGCGGAAGCGACUGUACACAAGUUGAACAUGAGUAAAAAGGACAACAGCGCCGCAGUCAUUCUCGCCUACCUGAAUGAAAAGAACCGUCCUUACACCUCCCAGGAUGUCUUCUGUAACCUACAAAAACAGCACGGAUUGGGCAAAACGGCAGUGGUCAAAUCCAUGGAGCUGCUGGCCCUGGAGGGCAAGAUAAAAGAGAAGAUUUACGGCAAACAGAAGAUUUAUUUUGCUGAUCAGUCUCAGUUUAAAGAUGUGAAUGAUGCAGACCUGAAGGUUAUGGACAGUCAUAUUGCUAAACUCAAUGAAGAAAUGCAGGUCCUCAACCAGAGCUGCAGACAUCUGGAAGCAGAGUUGAAGGAGCUCAACAACAGCCUAACUUCACAGGAAAUGACAUCAGAGAUCACUCGACUGAGAGACGAGUGUUCAGGAUGUCGUGAGCGUCUGGACAAAAUAAAAUCGGCCACCAAUCAUGUUACACCCGAGGAGAAAGACAAGGUUUUGAAAGAGCACAAUGUUUAUGUAAAAGAGUGGCGAAAGAGGAAGAGACUGGCUUCGGACAUGAUGGACUCAAUCCUGGAAGGGUAUCCCAAGAGCAAGAAAGAGUUCCUGGAGGAGGUUGGCGUUGAGACUGAUGAAGACUACCAGGUGGUUGUGCCAUCUGUUUGAAAAUCAGUUUGCUCCAUUUAGAAGAAUGUAUCAAACAACUCUGGACCUUGAUUCAUGUAUAUAUGUUGUAUUUUGUACAUUUUACAUGUUCACCUUGUACUUAAAAGCUGAGUGUGACUGUUUAGUUUCCCGUUCAAGAUCAAUAACAAGCUUAAUAAAUUGGCAGCACGCACUAUUUAGCCAAAGGAAUAAAAAAUGCUUUGCUGGAUGUUG